AUGACUUCCCAUCGGUCUGCUCCGGAUAGCCACCACUAUCAAUACGUCGGGCCGUAUAGGUUGGAGAAAACUCUUGGAAAAGGGCAGACUGGUUUGGUGAAGUUAGGCGUGCAUUGCAUCACGGGAAGAAAGGUUGCCAUUAAAAUAAUCAAUAGGGAGAAACUCAGCGAGUCUGUUCUGCAAAAAGUUGAACGAGAGAUAGCUAUUAUGAAGCUCAUCGAACAUCCGCAUGUUUUGGGGUUGUACGAUGUUUAUGAGAACAAGAAAUAUCUGUACCUGAUUUUGGAGCACGUAUCGGGUGGAGAACUGUUCGAUUACCUCGUGAAGAAGGGCCGUCUAACGCCCAAGGAAGCCCGCAGGUUCUUUCGCCAAAUCAUAUCAGCGCUCGAUUUUUGCCAUAGUCAUUCCAUCUGCCAUCGGGAUCUGAAGCCGGAGAACCUUCUGCUAGACGAAAAGAACAAUAUUCGGAUAGCAGACUUCGGGAUGGCCUCCUUGCAGAUGGACGGCUCCAUGCUCGAGACGUCCUGCGGAUCCCCCCACUACGCAUGCCCGGAAGUCAUACGGGGAGAAAAAUACGAUGGCCGGCGUGCUGACGUUUGGAGUUGCGGCGUCAUACUAUAUGCUCUUCUAGUAGGUGCUCUCCCAUUUGACGACGACAACUUGCGUCAGCUGCUGGAGAAGGUGAAGCGGGGGGUGUUCCACAUCCCCCACUUCGUUCCCCCGGAGUGCCAGGACUUAUUGCGAGGCAUGAUCGAGGUCUGCCCCGACAAGAGAAUGACUCUGGCCGAAGUAACGAGGCAUCCUUGGGUGAUAGCGGGAACUAAAUCGGAAUUAGAACUCGAACUCCCGAUGAAGGAAGCGGUGCAGACUCAUAUCAUUCCUACUGUAGAAGACCUGGAUCCCGAUGUCUUGUCAAGCAUGACGUCCCUAGGUUGUUUUAAAGAUAAAGAAAAAUUAGUACAAGAAUUAUUAAACACAACACAUAACACAGAAAAAGUCGUCUAUUUCCUGUUACUAGACAGGAAACGGCGGAAACCCGCGUACGAAGAUGAAACGGAAGUAAUCAUCAGGAAUAGAUCCGAAUCGGCUUUUUCUUCUGCACUGCCUCUCCCACCAGAUCCACCCAGGAAAAGGGUGGACACCUGUCAGAUCAAUGGAAGAUCGGGUCCAAGGUACAGUUUUGAAAUGUUAAGUGACGGCUCUCCAUUAACACCCAGGAGAUAUCCAUAUGGGUUGAACGAGAGAUAG